UCUAAAACAUUUUAAUACAACGGUAAAUGCCUUUUCAAUUUCCACAUGGACAUCGGGCUUUUAUUUACGACUGAUAAUUUGACAGUCGUUUCAAAAUUUAUGAAAACUUCUUGAAAUAUGGAAGAGAAAUCUUGCAAAGAGCAAUUAACAGAAAAUACAGAUAUCAACCAAGAUGAGUUGAUUCUUCAACAACAAAGACGUAUCGAAAUGGAGAUUUCUGAAUCCAUUGCUUUGGUUGGAGAGAAAGAAUCCAUAAAAAGUUUGGAACGUGAAUACUCUGAAGAUGAAAUAUACCUUUCGAAAGCUAAAGCAUUAGGUCAAAAAUAUUCAUAUAUUAGGAGAACUAGACCAGAUGGGAAUUGCUUUUUUAGAGCCUUUAGUUAUGCAUAUCUUGAAAAGUUAAUUGGAAAUAAAGAGGAAUAUGAAAAAUUUCGGGAACUUGCAUUAAAAAGUAAAGAAAGUUUGGUAGAAUUAGGUUUCCCCCAAUUUACAGUUGAAGAUUUUCAUGAUACGUUUAUGGAUGUAAUUGAUAAAGUAGGAGAAGAUACAGAGUCAAGCUAUAUUGAAUUACAUAAACUUUUCAAUGAACAAGGGUGUUCUGAUUAUGUUGUUGUAUAUCUUAGAUUAAUUACCUCUGGUCAAUUACGGCUUGAAGCUGAUUUUUAUCAGCAUUUUAUUGAAGGAGAACGUACUGUUUCAGAGUUCUGCCGUCAAGAAGUAGAACCAAUGUACAAAGAAUCUGAUCACAUUCACAUUAUAGCUAUGAGCACUGCUUUAGGAACUGGUGUACGUGUUCGUUAUAUGGAUCGAGGUGCUGGAACUGAAGUAACUGCACAUGAUUUUCCUGAAGGUGCAACUCCAGCUGUUCAUUUGUUAUAUCGCCCUGGUCAUUAUGAUAUUCUAUAUCCUUGAUAAAUCACACAUUUAACUGGCACAUAACUUUUUAAAAAAUCUCACAACAAAGAUUAAUUAUUUAGAAAAUUAUAUCUUGUGUACGUAAUCAAAACUCAUAAAAUUUUUGUUUGGUUAGAUGUAACAUUACAGUUGUAAGUAAUUAAUUUAAGCCUUAUAGAAUAUUCAAUAAAAUUAUGAAAUUUUAUGUAAAAAAA